AUGGAUGCACUCUACGCCGGCACCGACUUUUCUUCAUUGAACUGGGCGGAACAAAAAUGGGUUGCCUGGUAUGUUUGGUGGGGAAAUCCAAUCAUUGCGACUGGAAUGCUUAGUUUCCUCAUGCAUGAAAUAGUCUAUUUCGGGCGUUCUCUUCCUUGGAUUAUCAUCGACGCCAUUCCGUAUUUCCAGAAAUGGAAGCUGCAGCCUAACAAGAUUCCAACUCCCCAAGAGCAAUGGGACUGUACCAAGCAGGUGCUUUGGGCUCAUCUUACUGUCGAACUCCCUGCUAUUUGGCUCUUCUACCCUAUGUCUGAAUUCGUUGGAAUGAAGACCUACCAAGUCCCCUUCCCUUCGCUAUCUACUAUGUCAUGGCAAAUCUUUUUCUUCAUGUUCUUUGAAGAUCUCUUCCAUUGGGCAGCACACCGAGCACUGCACACUCCUAUCCUUUACAAGUAUAUACAUAAAAUUCAUCACAAGUAUUCUGCACCUUUCGGCUUGGCAGCGGAAUAUGCCCAUCCUGCGGAGGUCAUGAUCCUCGGAAUGGGCACCCUGGGAGGUUCCUUGUUCCUCUGUCUUUUCACCGAGGUCCACUUCAUCUCGUUCUUCAUCUGGGUCAUCAUCAAGCUUUUCCAGGCUAUUGACGCGCACUCUGGUUAUGAUUUCCCGUGGUCGCUUCAGCAUAUACUUCCCUUUUGGUCGGGAGCCGAGCAUCACGACUUCCAUCAUAUGGCGUUUACCAACAACUAUUCCACUUCGUUCAGAUGGUGGGACAGAAUUUUUGGUACCGAUGACAAAUAUCUUGUAUACCGCGAGCGAGUCCAAGCUGCAAAAGCUCAGGCUCUUUCCAAGGAAGAUUUCUUAAAAGCUGAACAGGCGCUCAUGGACGAAGUUCUUGCAGAGGGACUCAAGGCUGAGAACGAAGUUGAAGAGCGUUCAAGCAGGAAGGUUAAAGUGCAGUAG